AGCAAAUGUAAAGCGUCAGCUAUUAAAGUAAGCCGUGAUCACUCCUGUCCUAACCUCGAUCCUACAGCCGAUCUACAGGAGCUACAGCUGCGUUAAACACUCCUAAAUCCAACAUGUCAGUUAGCUCUCAGAUAGUUUUGCUGCUUUUUGUCUGCUGCGUUCAAGCGCAGGAUUUCAUUGCACCUAGCGUAAACAUAAUUAGUGAAAUUAAAAAAAUAAAAGACUUGGAAGAAAGACUGAAAACGACAGAAGACAUGAUGCAGAGCCAAAACAACUCGGUGACUGAGCUGAAAAGUGAAAAUGAAGCUCUGAAAGCAGCGCUACAAAUUCUUCAGAAUGAAAACGAAGUCAGGAAGGUGGCCUUUUCAGCGUCACUGUUAGCUUCAGGGGAGGGACACACCGGCCCCUAUAAAUCUGUAGAGACUCCAUUAAUCUACAAAAAAGUCAUCACCAACGCUGGAAAUGGCUACGACUCAAACACGGGGAUCUUCACCGCACCAGUGAAAGGAGUUUAUUUUUUCCGUAUUCAUGCUUUCAGUUUUAGUGGCACCACAUCAGCUGUCAAUCUGUAUAAAAACGGAGAACAUAAGUGUUCUGCAUAUGCCUGGAAACCAGUCAGUAACGGCAACGGCAGCAAUGGGAUCGUUCUAACUCUAGAAAAAGGAGACCAAAUGUUCACAAAGCUGCUGGCAGACACCUGGGUUUAUGACAGUCCAGGGAGCUUCACCACAUUUGGGGGUUUUUUACUUUUCCCCCUUUGAAAAAGUGGCCCACAGUUAACUUGUGGAGUUUGUUGCAAGAAUUAGUUUCAUAUUUUUUUACAUAAACCUUUAAAAAAUUUUUUUUUUACAUAUUUUUAUAUUAAUCAUAGCAACAUUUUCUACAUAAAAGAAAGUAUUUGACCUAACAAAUUUGUUCAACAGCUUUGAUCAAUUAGGCUUUAAAAUUAUUAUUCUUAUUUGUUUUGAUCUGUAAUUAAUGGCAUUGAAAUAUUUUGUUUUUCUUUUUUUGGUCCAUAGGA